AUGGCAAAAGCCUGUUCCUUCUCUAUUUUUCCAUUCGCAGUGUCACUCUGGGGAAAUUAUGGAGAAGAGAAACAUCACCUCAGACUUCAUUCUCCUAGGACUCUUUAAGCACACAGGACCCCAUCUUUUUCUCUUCACGGUGGUACUAACAAUGGCCACCGCUUCUCUCCUAGGUAAUGCUCUCAUGCUUCUGCUGAUUCACCAGGACCGCCGGCUCCACACGCCCAUGUACUACCUACUGAGCCAACUCUCCCUCAUGGACAUGUUAUUGGUUUCCACCGUUGUGCCAAAAAUGGCCGCUGGCUUUCUGAUGGGCAAAAAGUCCAUCUCCCCAGCUGCCUGUGGGUUGCAGAUUUUUAUCUUAGUCACUCUGGGUGGGGGAGAGAGUUUCCUCCUGGCAGCCAUGUCCUAUGACCGCUAUGUAGCCGUGUGCCACCCGCUGCGAUACCCUGUCCUCAUGAGUUGGCAGUUAUGCCUGAGAAUGACAGUGUCAUCUUGGUUCCUGGGGGCAGUUGAUGGGCUUAUGCAGUCUGUUGCUACUCUGAACUUCCCAUAUUGCAGUGCACACGACAUUGAUCAUUUCUUUUGUGAGGCCCCUAUGUUGGUGCGUUUGGCCUGUACUGACACUUCAGUCUUUGAAAAUAUCAUGUACAUUUGUUGUGUCUUGAUGCUCUUUGUCCCCCUUUCCCUUAUCCUGGCCUCCUACAGUCUCAUCCUCGCUGCUGUUCUCCACAUGCGUUCUGUAGAAGCUCGCAGGAAGGCCUUUGCCACCUGCUCUUCACAUUUGUCGGUGGUGGGACUUUUUUUCGGAGCUGCAAUUUUUACCUACAUGAGACCCAAGUCCUACAGGUCAGCUAGCCAUGACAAGGUCGUGUCAGCCUUUUACACUAUCUUCACCCCUGGACUAAACCCUCUCAUCUAUAGUCUGAGGAACAGUGAGGUCAAAGGAGCCCUGAGAAAAUGGCUGGGUGUGUAA